AGUGACAGUGACACAGGGUCACUGAGCUCGCUGCCCUUCGACUGCACCCAGGCACUGCCUGUCCCCAAACCCAUCGGAGGAGUGGUGAUCUUCGCUGUGAACUCGCUGCUGUACCUGAACCAGAGCGUGCCCCCGUACGGGGUGGCGCUCAACAGCCUCACCUGCGGCACCACCGUCUUCCCGCUGCGGGUCCAGGAGGGCGUGAGGAUGACUCUGGACUGUGCCCAGGCCACCUUCAUCUCCUAUGACAAGAUGGUCAUCUCGCUCAAGGGGGGGGAGAUCUACGUGCUGACGCUGAUCACGGACGGGAUGCGCUCCGUGCGCUCCUUCCACUUCGACAAAGCGGCCGCCUCCGUCCUCACCACCUGUAUGGUCCCUCUGGAGCCGGGGUAUCUGUUCCUGGGGUCCCGCCUGGGGAACUCCCUCCUGCUCAGGUACACGGAGAAGCUGCAGGAGCCCCCGGCCGGGGCGGGCAAGGAGGGGCCCGACAGACAGGAGGAGCCCCCGGUGAAGAAGAAACGCUCGGAGCCAUCGGGGCCAUGGGCAGGGGGGAAGCCGCAGGCGCAGGACGAGGUGGACGAGAUCGAGGUGUACGGCAGCGAGGCGGCCUCGGGGACACAGCUGGCCACCUACUCCUUCGAGGUGUGUGACAGCAUCCUCAACAUCGGGCCCUGCGCCAACGCCGCCAUGGGGGAGCCAGCCUUCCUGUCCGAGGAGUUCCAGAACAGCCCCGAGCCCGACCUGGAGAUCGUCCUGUGCUCAGGGUACGGCAAGAACGGGGCGCUGACCGUGCUGCAGCGCAGCAUCCGGCCGCAGGUGGUGACCACGUUCGAGCUGCCCGGCUGUUACGACAUGUGGACGGUCACCGCGCCCCCGCCGCGGGAACAGCCCGAGGUGGCCCCGGGGACCAGCGCGGAGCCCGAGGCAGCGACGGCGGCUCCGGAAAGUUCUGAGGAGGACGGGGAACGUCACGGGUUCCUCAUCCUGAGCCGCGAGGACUCCACCAUGAUCCUGCAGACGGGCCAGGAGAUCCUGGAGCUGGACACGAGCGGCUUCGCCACGCAGGGCCCGACCGUGUUCGCAGGGAACCUGGGCCAGGGCCAGUUCAUCGUGCAGGUGUCACCUCUGGGGCUGCGCCUGCUGCAGGGCGGUGAGUGA